AUGGUGAGAGGAAAGAUAGAGAUGAAAAAAGUAGAAAACGCGACGAGUAGACAAGUGACUUUCUCAAAAAGAAGAAAUGGUUUGUUGAAGAAAGCUUAUGAGCUCUCCGUACUCUGCGAUGCUCAAGUCUCUCUCAUCGUCUUCUCUGAGAGAGGAAGGCUUUACGAAUUCUCUAGCUCUGAAUCUAGUAGAUUGAAUCAGAGAUUAAAGAUAGAAGCAACGAACAUAUAUCAAUUGAAGGAGGAAGCAAGCCACAUGAUCACAAAGAUUGAGCUCCUAGAGUUUCACAAGCGGAAGCUAUUGGGUCAAGAACUUGCUUCUUGUUCUCUACAAGAACUUCAAGAAAUUGAUAGCCAACUCCAAAGAAGUCUGGGUGAGGUUCGAGCAAGAAAGGCUCAGAUGUUCAAGGAACAGUUGGAGAAGCUAAAAGCAAAGGAGAAACAAUUGUUAGAGGAGAAUAUUCAGCUACAUCAAAAGACUGUUAUAGAUCCAUGGAGAGGAACGAUGGACCAACAAAAGAAAUUCAGAGUUAUAGACCUGAAUUUGUAAGUAGAAACUGGUCUAUUCAUUGGCUUGCCAGAAGAAUAUCGGAAAUACCAUUUAAUAUAUAUAUUGUAUGUUUAUUUAUUUUUCAUCCAAUCCUUGAAAUUCUUCAGUAAAUUGUGAGGAAUGGUUGUGAUAUUAUCUUAUGAUUGUAGUCCUUACACAAUUAAUAAGAGAAUAAUAGCUAUAGUCAA